AUGGCCCUCAAACAUCUUCAGCUUCACGUCACCACUGGACUGACAGUAGUUAGGCUCGCUGCCCUCUUCUUUUGUCUGUUUUACGGCCAAGUUGUUAUAGCUUCAGGUUGUAAUCAAAUACACUGUCAGGUUUCUGUAUGCGCCCCGAAUGCAGACGAGGCGUACAACGUGGCGAGCCUUGGUCUCGUUGCAAUCAUGGGACCCGACUGCGCAAGCUGGCAAGUGAAUUCGCCCGUGAGCGGAGGCCAAGGUGUGUGCGCAAGUGGUCUUCAGACAUUCACUGGUGCUUUCGAUAUCUGGCGCGGCUGGAACGCGAUGGGCGGCGAUUACUCUGCUACUUUCGCACAAUGGGGGAACUUUUUGGGCGCUACUUGCACUGGCGGCAAGACUGUCUCAUGCGAUCCAAAGUCAGGACAGUAUCCUAAUCCUGUCACUGGAAAGUGUCAAACUCAGCAAUGUGGGUUUGAAUGUCCUCAGGCAUUAUUUCAAACGAUUGCACGAUACUAUGAAGGCGGCCGCAUGGCACUGAUUUUAGCUUGA